AUGGCAGACCUCCCCACUGAAAAGGUCGCUGAUACCACCGUGCAGCCCGACUCAUCAUCUGACGAAGAAGACAAGCUGAGAGAGGUCCUGAAGACUGAGGUUCUCCGAGAUGAGAACGAUCCUGAUAAUGGCAAGACGCCUGAGGAGCGCGCUGCAAUUGACAAGACGUUGAUGCGCAAAGUCGACCGAUGGCUCAUUCCUUGGAUGUGUCUGCUCUACCUUCUGUCCUUCCUUGAUCGCACGAACAUCGGGAACGCCCGAGUCGCGGGCAUUGAAGAUGACCUGGGCAUGGAGGGCCAUGACUACAACAACACCCUGACCAUCUUCUUCAUCUCCUACGCCCUCGCCGAGCCCAUGACCAACGUUCUCCUUAAGCGCAUGACGCCCAGGGUCUUCUUCACAUCGAUCAUCGUAGCGUGGGGUGUGGUCAUGACGUUGAUGGGCCUCGUCACCAGUUACGGAGGCUUACUUGCCGCGCGUUUCGCGCUUGGUUUGGCGGAGGCUGGCCUCUACCCAGGUUGGUACAUCGCCCGUUGA